AUGGGUAUGGAGGGCGAUGUACCUCGUACCGCCCACCGUCUGGAAUCUGUCUGGGUAAUUGCAGUUUCUCCUCUUUGCCAUCGAAUUCGCUUGCUACUCCUCGAACACACUCCUCUCGCAAGUUUUAUCAUUGAAUCUUACGGCUAGCGACAUGACUUCUCUAUUUUCCAAAGAUACCAUGCUUUCCGGCUCCAAACGCCAGCAGCGCAGUCGGGUCCGAAAACCUAAAGCAUCCAACUGGAAAGAUUUGUGCCCUCUGAUGGGCAAGCCACUGCACGCUGUUCCUGAAGUCGCCGAGGAGGAGGAAGUUUACUAUCAACAGACAUUUCCGACCACACCUUCGUCGUGUUCUUCGCAAGUGCCGUGCUCUGCCAGUCGCAACCUCGGGGGCAGUUCGACUCUCGGACCGAGGCGCUGUGGCCCAGAUGUCGUCCUAGACAUCAGAGCUCCUGAGACGAGAGCGACCCGGCCGCGCCCAGUGGGAUUCACUGGAGCGGAAGAAUUCUCUCUGAAGAGCACGGCUGAUUUCGAAUAUGAAUCGCCCCGGCCAGCUCCCCGGCCCCCAUUACCCGCGUCCUCACCAACGUCCUCAUCUUCCCGCUUAUCAUCGUACGACAGCGACGUAACAAACUCUCCGGACUCGUUAAACCUACGAUUCUCCGACAUCGGAUUAGUCCUUGACUUCCCCCAGCCACCUAGGGCCUUGUCCCCCAGCCGAAGAGAACCCUCACGCUCACCCACUCCAUCCUUGAUGAGCAGCUGCACAUCUCGCACGAGUGGCUCUAACACGAGCCUUGCUGCUUCGAGCAUAGGAAUCCCGACAACCCCGGUUACGUCCGACGAUGAAUUCCCGCCUUCACCCUUGUCCAAAGCGGCGCCCGUGCGACCCUUACAGAUUGCCAAGAAGGACGUCGAGUGUCACGCGGCGGAAGAGGACGACUGGAUCGACGACGACGGCGAAUGGUACAAGAAGCAGUUCGAAGAUAUAUUGACCCUCUGCUCGCCCUUACCGGCGGCAUUCCGGGAGCCCAGCUCUCCGGUGAAUAUCGAAGCACCUGCAGCCGCCCGGCCUGAGUCUCUCAUGCAUGUAUCACGUUGGUGUUCGAGUAUGUAUGGCAAACCCGCGUGUCCAAGCGCUCAGCUUGACCCCACCUUCCCCGUCCGAAGGCGGUCUGCUAUCAAGCUCCCCAACCGACCUCCCCCACCAGUUCCUUCGGCACGCCGCCGCAGUCGGAGCUCCCAGAGUUCCGUCGCCAAUGCGGUACGGUCUGCCAAGAACGAGCUUACGAUCACCAUCCCGGCUCGCUCGCGCCCGCCGCCUCGCAUGUCGGUGCCUGCAGAUGUCAGCGAUGUCUUUGGCGAUCUCCUCAGCCCCGAGGGUCACGGUGUGGUUUCUAGAGUCGCGGACGGGAGCACGCAGGAAUUGUUCCUUCAGCCCGAGACGCCGAGCGUGUACUCUCAAAACACCGACAGUGCCGACGGUGACUUCUACGCGUCCCCAUUAUUUAUGGGCGUGGAGCUGCCGCUGUCGCCUAUAGAUUUGCAGCUGGAGAUCGCGACGACGUUGGAGCAGGUUCAGCGGAGAGGCAGGGAGGGUGCAGAGGCGGCGAUGCCUGACACGCCCGUCGGGCAGAUGUACAGCCCGCACCCGACGUGCUCUGAGGAGGCUCAGGAGAGACCGCUGCGUUCACGUUGGUCAUCUUCGACUUUAUCGUCCAUCGCUGAAAGCCAACCGCCGAUGUCGGCGUCUUCUAGCAUAUUGAGGUUCAACUUCUCGCCAAGGAGAGGAAAGACGAGGGAGAAGGCGAAGAGCGGGUUCGCGGGCUUGAUGAGCCCGAAGCCCGUCUCGGAGCGAGGGUCGUUCCAAAUGGAUUUUAACUAUGCGAUGGACUCGAGGACGCUUGGAAGGAGGGGCAGCCGAAGCUCCAACGCCAGCGACAGCGCUGAGAGUUGCGACAGCGCGGGUAGCAAUGGGCUGAGGAGGAAGCCCAUUCCUGUGGAGAUGUUCAUCCGGUGUUGA